UUGCGUUCCUCUCAAGCGAGGGCUGCGCCGGGAGCUGCCGCGUCCUGCAGCGCUCAGCAUCCGCGCCCUCGGGAAAGCCUGAGCUCAGGCUGCAGCUCGGUGUGGGAGUGGGGUGCAGGGUGGGAGCGGAGCCCUGGGGGAGCACGCGGGGUCUGCUCUGCUCUCAGCUCAGCGCUUGUCCUUCACGGCUCCCGGGAGCAAAUAUUUGCUGCUGGGCGCCAGAAUUGGUUCCUCGGUGCCAAGCAGGGCAAGACCUUCACAGCCUGGUGCAACUCCCACCUGCGGAAGGCCGGCACGCAGAUCGAGAACAUCGACGAGGAUUUCCGCGAUGGCCUGAAGCUGAUGCUGCUCCUGGAGGUGAUCUCAGGGGAGCGAUUGCCAAAACCGGAGCGAGGGAAGAUGAGGGUGCACAAAAUCAACAACGUGAACAAAGCGCUCGAUUUCAUCGCCAGCAAAGGCGUCAAGCUGGUGUCCAUAGGAGCUGAGGAAAUCGUCGAUGGCAACGCCAAGAUGACGCUGGGCAUGAUCUGGACCAUCAUCCUCCGGUUCGCCAUCCAGGACAUUUCCGUGGAAGAGACCUCGGCCAAGGAGGGGCUGCUGCUGUGGUGCCAGAGGAAGACGGCGCCCUACAAGAACGUCAACGUGCAGAACUUCCACAUCAGCUGGAAGGACGGACUCGCCUUCAACGCCUUGAUCCACAGACACAGGCCGGAGCUGAUCGAGUACGACAAGCUCAGGAAGGACGACCCCGUCACCAACCUGAACAACGCCUUCGAGGUGGCGGAGAAGUACCUGGACAUCCCCAAGAUGCUGGACGCUGAGGACAUUGUCAACACAGCUCGCCCCGACGAGAAGGCCAUCAUGACUUACGUGUCCAGCUUCUACCACGCCUUUUCAGGGGCUCAGAAGGCGGAGACGGCGGCGAACCGCAUCUGCAAAGUGCUGGCGGUCAACCAGGAGAACGAGCACCUGAUGGAGGACUACGAGAAGCUCGCCUCCGACCUCCUGGAGUGGAUCCGGCGCACCAUCCCUUGGCUGGAGGACCGCAGCCCCCAGAAAACCAUCCAGGAGAUGCAGCAGAAGCUGGAAGACUUCCGUGAUUACCGGCGCGUCCACAAACCCCCCAAGGUGCAGGAGAAGUGCCAGCUGGAGAUCAACUUCAACACGCUGCAGACCAAACUGCGGCUGAGCAACCGGCCCGCCUUCAUGCCCUCCGAGGGGAGGAUGGUGUCGGUGAGCGGAGCUGGGGGAACGGUGGGAUGGGGGGGUGCUGCUCCUGCUGGCUGAGGACCCCAGACCCUC